AUGGGUAAAGGCAAGCGCGGAAAGAAGGGCGGCCCGGCCAGAGGCGAGCGCCAAAACUGGCAGGAUGUCCCUAGGACCAAUGCCAAAUUGGAGAAUUACUACAACGCGCAGGGAUUCAUCCCCGAGGAGGAUAAGGAAGCAUUCUGGGAGGCUAUGCGCAGAGAUCUCCCUAACAGCUUCCGGUUUACGGGUUCGCGAGGACACGCUCUCGCCGUUCAGAAGAAACUCCAGAACCACUUCAUCCCCGAAAUCACCUCCAUCAAGUAUGAGGGCAACCUGGUCGAGCCCCCUCGCCCCGUACCCUGGUACCCCGACGAGCUUGCCUGGUGGAUGACCACCCCCAAGCAAGUCAUCCGUCGUUUCGCGCCUUUCGCCUCCUUCCAGAAAUUCCUUGUCGCCGAGACCGACGUCGGUAACAUCAGUCGUCAGGAGGUUGUCAGCAUGAUUCCUCCCCUCCUCAUCGAUGUCCGCCCUGGCAUGACCGUGCUGGAUAUGUGCGCCGCCCCCGGCAGCAAGUCCGCGCAGCUGAUGGAGCUCCUGCAUGCUGGAGAAGAGGAGUCGAUGCAAGACGUGUCCAAGCAGUUGAAGGAGGGCAAUGUGGGCGCCGACCCUCUGGGUCCCGAGGGCCUGAACGAUGAUGGCAGAACCACCGGCCUGCUGAUCGCGAACGACGCCGACUACAAGCGCGCCCACAUGCUUAUUCACCAGAUGAAGCGCCUCGCCUCGCCCAACCUGAUCGUCACGAACCACGACGCUACCAUGUAUCCUUCGAUUAAGCUGCCUCCUCUCCCUGCGGCCGAUGGAAAGAAACCCCAGAACAGAUACCUGAAGUUCGACCGUAUCCUUGCGGAUGUUCCUUGCACCGGUGACGGAACUGCCAGAAAGAACAUCGGUGUCUGGAGAGACUGGACCCCGAACAACGCGAUCGGUCUGCAUGCCACGCAGGUCCGCAUCCUUGUGCGCGCUUUGCAGAUGCUGAAGGUUGGUGGACGGGUCGUCUACUCUACGUGCAGUAUGAACCCGAUCGAGAACGAGGCCGUUAUCUCUAGCGCUAUUGACCGGUGUGGUGGUGCGGCCAAUGUCAAGAUCCUCGACUGCAGCAACGAGCUGCCUGGCCUGAAGCGAAGGUCCGGUCUGAAAACGUGGACCGUGAUGGAUCGCGAGGGCCGCAUCUGGAACAACUGGAAGGAAGUCGAGGAGAAGAGAGAGAAGGAAGGCAUUACUGGUCUGGGCAGAAUGGCCGAGGGCAUGUUCCCGCCCAACGGUGAGAAUGCGGAUCUACCCCUUGACCGAUGUAUCCGUAUCUAUCCUCAUCUGCAGGAUACCGGUGGUUUCUUCAUCACUGUGCUGGAGAAGACUUCCGAAAUCAAGGCCAAGCCUGAGGACUCCAGCAAAGUCAUCCCCAAGGGCACCAUUGCCGCCCUUACGGAAGAGCUCGAGUUCAAGCAGAAGAACGGCAACGGAGAGCCGCUCGAAAAGAUCGAGGCGUUGGAUGAUCUGGUGACUCCUGACCAGGCCGCCGCCGAAGAGGCCAGCAAGAAUGCGACGGUUGCCGAAUCGACCCACCAGCCCCCCUACUCCGCCACUAACCAGAUCUCGCCGGCAAAGAGAGAUGCAGACAGCCUGGAAGACGAGCUGCCCAGCAAGAGGACCAAGCUGGAGGACGGCACCGAAAUCGUUCUGGGCGAUCGCCCUGUCCGCAAGCCCGCUGUGGCCGAGUCUGACAACAUGGAUACGGAGGCCAACUCUACACCCGUUCCUCAAGAGACCGCCGAACCGGCCAAGAGCGAGCCCAAGGCCCAGCCUCCCCAGAAGCGCAAACCGGGCCAGCCCAUUGAGGAGCCCUACAAGUACCUGGAUCCCGCGCACGAGGAGGUCGAGUCCAUCUUCGAGUUCUACCAGAUCUCGGAACGAUUCCCGCGGGACCGUUUCAUGGUUCGCAAUGCCCAGGCAUUCCCCUCCAGAACCAUCUACUACACCAGCGCAUUGGCACGUGACAUCCUCACGACCAAUGAAGGUCACGGCAUGAAGAUCACGCAUUGCGGUGUUAAGAUGUUUGUCAAGCAGGAUGCGCAGCGCCUGGAUGUCUGCCGCUGGCGAAUCCAGACCGACGGACUGCGGAUCCUUGAGCCCAUGCUGGGUCCUGACCGUUCCGUCACCCUCAACCAAAAGUCCACCAUGAGGAAGCUUCUCGUGGAGAUGUUCCCCAAGGUCGACGACAACGGAUGGCAAAACCUCGGAGAGAUUGGUGAGCGCGUGCGGGAUAUUCCCAUGGGUUGCUGCAUCUUGUAUGUUGAGCCCGAUGGUGGCGAAGACGUUUGGACUGAGAGAAUGGUUCUUCCCCUGUGGCGCUCUCUGCACUCCGUCAACCUGAUGCUUCCCAAGGAGGACCGUCGCGCCAUGCUCCUCCGUCUCUUCAACGAAGACCCCCCAUUGAUCAACAUUACCCAGAAGCGGACCAACGCUGCCGAGACAGCCACGCCGGAGACGCCGGCGGUCGUGACCGCCAGCGAGCAGGAGACCCCCGCCACCGCGCCCGCCGAGGCCGAGGAGGCAGCGAUCCAGCAGGAGAACAUUGCAUUGGGACAGGACGAGCAAGAGCAGGCGGAAGUCCGGGAGACUUACACCAAGGCCGGAGAUGAGGAGGACCGGUUCAAUACGACUGUUUAA